CUACUAGAAGAUUCUAGAACUGGCUGUAAAUUACGAAGAAUACCAGGUAAAUUAGGUAAAGCUGGAUGAAAAGUGACUACAAAAGGUACACGAUCAUUCUUACCUUUACGCCUGUCUUUCAAUGUGUCGUCCCUAGGAAUACGUCUAACCCGGUCAACUUCCCUCCCCACAAACCUGCUGUCAUAACAGGGGAGGGAAGUUGACCGGGUUAGACGGAUAGCAUUGAGGGUGUGGUCAACAACAAUUCUUACCCCUAAGGACUUGUAACACCUGCACACGAUUCCUUAAACCAUCACGAUAAUCAGUUAUGUGGAUCCAACUUCUUUAUUAGUGGAAAUAUUUCCCUUACAUGUUUCUCCCACCUUGAAUUAUCAUUUCUCCCCAAAUGGAAGUAUCAUACAGAUAAUACGCUACGGAGAAAAGGAGGAACUAGAAAAAUCAAGAACAUCACCAUUGACAAUCCUAAGCCAAUUGGGGGUAAUUGAGGGAUACUUUCUACUUCAUUGAUAAGGCAGAGAGAGGAGCUGCUCUCCACAAAGACCCAAAAAGCAGGGGCGUACGCAGGAUUUUAACAAGUUGCAGUCAAAGCAUUCAGAAGCUGAAUGGGGGCGUGGCCCCUUAUCCCGCAUCCCCGAGAAGAAUUCAUAACUCCCGCUUUUGGGUUUAAAAUUGGCGUCAAUGCGUCAGACUUUUCAGAAUAUUACACGAUCCUCUGUCAACCUCGAUCUGAAAUAGGACUUCAUUCGUCGCGUGGCACUGAACGACAUAACAAUAUGUUUGGAAAUCAUCUGUAGAUUAACAUGAUUAAGAAAAUUAUAGUUUUUAUCCUCAUCAUAUAUAUAAAACUACGUGCAUAAAAAUGAAUGAGUAAGCAUUUGAUUUUUUGCCCUCUUAAUGCAAAUAAGAUCGCCAAAUUCUUUUGCAGUCCAGUAACUGCAGGCCUAUAGGCUGCGUACGCCCCAUAUCUCAUAGCCAAAAGCACCAUUCAGAAUUUCGAUGUUUUCAAACAAGUCUCAUUUAGUUUUCUGGCGAGGUGUUGCCAGGGUAGCACUUUGAGGACUUUUUUUUGGCGUCUUUCACGAGUACAGAACCGGGGUUCGAGCUCGGGCCGCAGUGUCGAGGGGCCAGUGUGAUAGCCACCAGCCCACCUGUGCUUCACGAUGGUUUGAGUAGUGUCCGUGCGAAACAAAGCCACAUCUAUUCCGAUGACUGCAAUCUGUACUCAUUGCUUAAAGGAUGUCCAUCUGACACUCCUUUGUAUUGUUUUGCGUUAAAAAUGCAUGGUAUAUUUGCAAGAUAAAUAGCCAUUCACAAUUGAAUAAUGAUACUUUGACGACAAUUUUUUAUUGAAAGGACUUCAGUUUAUACUUGCUUGAAUUAGCCGAUGGAAAUACUCUACUGCGGGAUGUGUGGAAUUAACAUGGAGCUUAAAGAAAGAGCAACACAUAUCGAUGGUUAUCAGUGGAAAUGUCCGCGUUGCCUUAUUCGUAGGAGCCUAAGAACCAACAGCUUUUUCGAAUUGUUUCCCAAGACGCCCCUUUCGAAGCUCGUUGUUCUCAUAUAUUUCUGGUCGGUGGAAGUUUUACAAGUGCAGGCAAGCACAAUGUUAGGUAUGACACCUCAAAUGGUUGGAAAAGUCUGCAGGGCCUUAAGACUAUUGUGCUCGCGGGAUGUCGUCGAUCGCCCAGUCUAUCCGUUCGGCGGCCCGAACCAUGUUUGCAAGUGCGACGAAACCGUUAUUUCGUUCAAGCGAAAGUAUGGCAGAGGAAGGAUAUCCCGACAAAGAUGGGUGUUUGGUCUGGUGACUACGGCCUUCCAGCCUUGCCGAGGGUAUUACACUGUUGUAAACAAGCGAACGAGAGAAGUCUUGGCGCCGAUUAUUCAGGAAGUCCUUCAGCCAGGAAGUGUUCUCCAUUCGGAUGACUGGGGGACAUACAGGAACAUUACUGCUCAUGCUCCCAACGUUUCCAGUCACCGGGUGGUGGUCCAUAAAGACUAUUUCGUCGACCCGGUGACUGGAGUCAACACUCAAGAGAUAGAGUCUACGUGGGCAAGAGUGAAAAGAAUGGUAAAAAGCAAAAAAGGGAUCCCUACAGCUGAUCUGCAAAGCCACCUAGACGAAGUGAUGUGGAGACAAUGGCGAGGAGAAAAAUGCCCCUUCGACAACAUGGUACUUUUGAUUAGUCGGUACUACCGGAAUACCACAAUUUAAAGCCGAUCCCAAUAUUGAAAUACUCCGCCUAUAAUAACACAUUGGGUUAGGCAUAGGUUUCAGAUAACUACGAUCUCUUUUGAAUCAAUGGCCCUUUGUCAGUAUUAUAUAGUAUUCUGAUCACGGAUUUUUCAUUUUGUUUGUAAAUUACUAAGUUAUUUGGUCUAAAAUUCACCGGAAGUGUUGAUUUCACAUGCCUUUGUAAUUGCUCUAUUGUAAAAGGUGAACCCUUUAUGGGUCGAGACCUAUCAUUUUUUUUCUUUUUCGCUUCGUACUGAUCUAGUAUUGUCAUUUUACUUAUCCGAUAUUUUUAGCCUAAACUUAAAUUUUCUGAAUUAAAAAAGACCUUCCACAUUUAUUUAGAACAGCCAAGCGAUGGGUUUGAGUUUAAAAUCACAUGCAACAGAUUACAUGCUUGGCACACCGGUAACGAAGCGUAAGUUUAUGAGAAAUCAACAGUUCCGGUGAAUAUGAGCGGCGAAGAUAUCCACCCUUAUAAAAGUCAGGUAUAUUUUCCCAUUGGAGUAAAUAAAAAACUAGAUUCUAAAUCUGUAUCCGGAGAAAAUGAAUCGCGCAUUCUUAUCGACAUCAACCAACAUACAUUUAAGUGUCUCAGGCAUUUUCACCUCCCCACUACGUCGGCUUCUUUACAUAACGGCUCUAAAGACUCGCGCACCCAGAAGUAGAACAGAAUCAUUUUCUCUCUAGCUGCAUAGCUUACCUGGGUAUAAUCGAGAAACUAUCCUUUGCAUAGAUAAUAACUAUUUCUUUAGCGCGCCCGCUUCUUAAUUGCCGUUUGUUCCUUAUUCGGCUCGCGCGCGAUUCGCCGGCCAUUGUUCACUACUCUAUUGUAAAUACAACCCCUCAACCGGCUUUGUUGUGCAUUACUUUCAAGAAGAACUCAUAUUCCAUUGUAUUACAUUAGAGUUCUAAUUUUAUUUUGAAUGAAAUAAACGGUCAUUUUACCAUUACACCAUUGCAGUAAAAUAAUUAAAUCACAUGAGCGGCGGAUCAAUACAUAUAUUCCCCUAGGACGUUAACUCAGACGUUAUAAAAUACAAAUGGAAAUAGAGAUGGAGUACCAUCUAACAACGCCAUACAUUAUAGCAAAUCGAUAUACCCAUUGUAUUUAAUUUGCCAAGUAAAAUAAAACAAACGUUUCCCAACCGCAUUUCUAGGAAAAAAAAAAAAAAACGAGCGGGCAAUCCUCGAGAAGCAAGGCGACGCGGGCAGCGUUAUGAGACGCGAAAGAGCGAGGCGGCGCGGCGGAACGGCGAGGAGAAAGUGGGGCGGGUAGCUUUUAUUUGUAUUUCCUGUAUUUCCUGUACCAUUAUUAUUGAUCUAUCCACAAUGGACCUCCAAAAGGAUUUUUUGACUGGCUCCAUAUCAUAACGCCAACAAAAGCAAAUACGAAUGGAGUUUUUCACUGACGAAGGCUAAGGGAACGUCUAAAAUCGCGAAAAAAGGUUAAUUAUAGGAGUUUGAAAAUUAGCAAAUGUUGAAAUUUUGAGUCGGCCCUAAAAAAAUGACGCCGGCGAGGACGAAUAUUUGUAUUUGUUAACUUGGCCUAGUCGAGUCCAUUUGUUAAAAAAACUCGCUAGUAGUUCUUGCUUUGUAAUAAUAAAAGAAUCCAGGCUUCCCGUGAGGAACUCAAGAUCACGUGUGCUAGGCUAGGCAUGUUGCUGCUCGUGAGUGGUGAUAGACGGCUGCGCAGGAGACUAGAGAGGUGACCACUCCAGCACACUCCUAAAUUUCCGCUAGGUUUGUCUUGAUCUGAAACUGGAACGGAAGUCGGUGAUCCCUCAUAUAUAGUUUGUAUAGAGUCUACUUCCCUAGUCAGCGUUGUUACAGCAUUGGCACGUAGCAAUUAAAAUGCAAGAAAACGUUGGAGCGACUAAUGCCAGUGUGUUCGGCUCAAAAAACAGGGGAAGCCCUGCUGAGGAGUCAUGUUCUGACUGCAUGGAGAUUGUGGGAAGCCUAAAAGACCACAAGGCAAUAUGCUGUGGAAGGAUGGUGGAAUGCCCUUUUCCACCCCCUGGAUCCAAGGCCAGCCACAAAGUGAAAUUAAUAGAUGUGAGCAGACAUAUGAAGAUUUGCCCGUCAAGAGCAAUUGAAUGUCCCAUUGCCGGGUGUCGGUUUAUUGGAAAUGAGAGCGAGAUGGCGGAGCAUAAUUUUACAGCGGCUGAUAGCCACCUCAAACUUCUGCAAAAAGAAUGCAGAACGCUCCGAAAAGCAGCGUUAGUAAAGUUUGAGGAGCUAGACAAAAACUACAAGAAAGUAGAGGAAGAGAGGUGGUCUCUGGAAUGGAAAAUAAAAAAGGAGCGUUUGGCGGCAGAUAACCCCAUAUUGUUCAGCCCCGCCAUAGAAAGAGAAAACAGCCAAGUGUGGAGGGCUUUCCUGACUGUGAAGGGUGCUAUUGGCCUUCAGCUGGUCAAAGCCCCAUCUCCGGUUGUCGCUAAACUUGCGAUACGGAAUGGGGACAUAAACAUGAACAUCGAGGAGGAGUUCGUAGCGCCUGGCACCCUACUUGGCGUGAGGGCUGAAGCCUUUGAGAAAUUAAAUUUCAGUUCUGGAAGAGUUAUGUUUACGUUUGGAAUUAUUACUUAUGACUUCAUUAGUAACUAACGUUUUUUUUGAAAAUUAAUAACUUGUCGCAUAAGUGUUAUAGUGUUAUAAAAAUAAAUAUCAAAAUUUUAAACCUGUUUUGUUUCUUCUGCGUAGGCUCUAUUUCCACCCGUCGCUAAGUCUCGUUUUGUCUGCGGGUCCACAGAAAUGAAAGCUAGAACCUACUUGCACUACCCCUAGCCUGCGUAGCGGUUCAAGGGAGAGAGACGGGGGGAGGGGGGCUUAGAGAAGAAAAAGCGAGCGCCUCUACCUCUCCCCUUCCCUUGAGCCGCCACUACCUAACUACCCCGGGUUGAAAAUCUAAAAUUAAUUAAAAAAGGUGGUGAUCGUCGGCAAAAUAUAUUUUAACACUUAGGAAAAGCACUACUAGCCUGCAUGCAGCCGGAAAUAGUUCUAUUAUUACCGUAAUAACGGAACUAUUUCCGGCUGGACGCAGGCUAAAGCACUACUAGCAUCAACAUGUUUUGCAGCUUAAUUUUAAGUACAAAAGCGCCGAUCGAGUCGAUGGAAUAGGAAGGUGUCUUAGGCUGCUAGCAUGGCUCUCGUCUGACCACGGAACGCCUAGUGUGUCCGAAAUCAGUAUUUAGAACUACAACCGGGCUAUGGGAUUACAAGACGCCCCCCCUCGGGCUAUCGACAUUCCUUUCAAUCUUCAUACAAAGGAGUACCGAAUUUCCCCUUCCUACAUAACGCCCUUGGUUCCCGAAUAUGCUUCCUACGCCUAGCCUGCGUGCAUCCGGGUUGGAAGUUUUUACUCUGUAACAGAGUAAAAACUAUGAUACCGGAUGCACGCAAGCUACGCCGGCUUAUUGGUCCUGUUGACCGAGUCUCAUAUUACACGUCACAUGUUAUGUCCGCUUAAGCACGGUUCGGAAGGUUCUUGAUCAGUGUGCGAGUUUUUACGUGGAAGACGAAGCUAUGAGAAAAGCAAAGUGUACCUCACUGAGAACGAUCUUUUUGUCC